CUCCCGCCGCCGGGCUGUGCCGCUGCCGGGCUGUGCCGCUGCCGCGGCUCCGCGCCGCCCGCCCGCCCGCUCGCUGCCCGCUGCCCUCCCGCUGCCCGCUGCCCGCUGCCGGGCCCAUGGCGAGCACGUCGGCGGAGAUCAUCGCCUUCCUGCUGACCAUCUCGGGCUGGGUGCUGGUCUCCUCCACGCUGCCCACCGACUACUGGAAGGUGUCCACCAUCGACGGCACGGUCAUCACCACCGCCACCUUCUGGGCCAACCUCUGGAAGACCUGCGUGACCGAUUCCACCGGCGUCUCCAACUGCAAAGACUUCCCAUCCAUGCUGGCGCUGGACGGUUACAUCCAAGCCUGCAGAGGACUGAUGAUCUCCGCCGUCUGCCUGGGCUUCUUUGGUGCCAUUUUUGGACUGGUUGGGAUGAAGUGUACAAAAGUUGGAGGCUCCGAUCAGACUAAAGCAAAAAUAGCUUGUUUAGCUGGACUGAUUUUCAUACUCUCUGGGUUGUGCUCUAUGACUAGUUGUUCCCUGUAUGCAAACAGGAUUACGUCUGAGUUCUUUGAUCCUUCUUUUGUUGCACAAAAGUAUGAAUUAGGAGCAGCUUUGUUCAUUGGAUGGGCUGGAGCUUCACUCUGCAUAAUUGGUGGCAGUAUAUUCUGCUUCUCAAUAGCUGAAAACAGUAAUUCUCCAAGGAGGGGUUAUGCAUAUAAUGGAGCUGCAUCUGUGAUGUCUUCUCGUACAAAGGUCCACAACAGUGUCCCAGACAAAACCCCACCAAAGCACUUUGACAAGAAUGCUUAUGUUUAAUUGUACUGUUGGAAGAUUCAAAGCGUUUUAAAAAUGAGUUUGUACGUUUCCUGCAGAGUGAUUCCCCCCCCCAACCCAAAUGUAAUUACAACUAAGACAAUGACUUUUUAAAACAUUAACUUGCAGCUUUUUACAUAUUGAUGUAAAUUUUAUUAUAUAAUAUUUUAAGAUUGAUGUUGGUAUUGUAAAGUUUAUACCUGGAAAUCAUGAGCUGAUGUUGCUUUCUUGGAAAAAAAAAAAUAAAUGGGUUAUUUACCAACUCA